UUCCAAUUCUUUGUACAACUCAAUCAGAGAUCAACAUGAAGCAUCAAGGCAGCUACUCUUCUUCUGGAUCCCUCAUGGUAGGCCACAGCUCUAGAGGCCAUUGUUCCUCUGGUAGCAUCUCUUCACUUCAUCAUGGAAGCUCCAAUACAUUUCACCAUAAGAGCUUCAGCUGCUCUAAUACUGGUGGUUCCUAUAAAUCAUCCAGCCACCUUGGAGGAAACUCAAAACUAUCUAUCAGUUCAUCUGCUGGUCUUGCACAUGGAGGUGGAAGUGGCCAUGGUGGCCUUAAAAGUCAUCUCAAGAGUUCUAACAACCACGCUCAUAACCUACUUCGUAUUAAUGAGAAAGAUACAAUGAGGGCUCUGAAUGAGCGUCUUGCCUCCUAUUUAGACAAGGUCCAUUCGCUGGAGCAGGAGAAUGCUGAGCUGGAAAGGAAGAUAUGUGAAUGGUAUGCAAACAAUGCCCCAAGCUCACUCCCUGACUCCAGUGAGUACUAUAGGACUAUUCAGGAGCUACAGAACCAGAUUUCUUCGGCGACAAUUAACAGUGGAAGGAUUGUCCUACAGAUAGAUAGCGCUCAACAUGCUUCAGAUGACUUCAGAAGCAGGUGUGAGAUGGAGAUAAACACAAGGAACAAUGUGGAUGGAGAUACUGGUUCCUUGAGAAGAGUCUUACAACAAAUUAACAAUGAAGUGCAAACCUUAUCCGGAGGAGUCCAAAGUCUCCAGCAAGAACUUUUCCAGAUGAGGAAUAACCAUUCAGGGGAAGUGGAUGGUCUGCGUGCUCAGCUUGGAACCAGAGUCAACGUAGAAAUGAAUGCUGCUCCAUCCAUCGACCUGAACAGAGCUCUAUCUGAGCUCAGACAAGAAUAUGAAAACAUGAUGGAGAGGAACCUCAGGGAAGUCGAGGGCAUGUUCUUGGCAAGGAGUGCAGAACUGGACCGUGAGAUGUCUUUAGGAGCCGUACAAUUGCAGUCAGUUAAUAAUGAUAUCAUUGAUUCAAAGCGGUCUUUACAGACCCUGGAGAUUGAGUUGCAGAGCCAGCUGAGUAUGAAAUCAGCUCUGGAGGGCACCUUAUCAGAGACGGAGGCAACGUUUGGUUCCCAGCUUUCCCAGUUACAAUGCAUGAUUGAUAACAUUGAAGGUCAGCUGACACAGAUCCGAUCUGACCUAGAACAACAGAAUCAUGAAUACCAAGUUCUCAUGGACCAGAAGACCCAUCUAGAGAUGGAAAUCAACACCUAUAGACAUCUGCUGGAUGGACAUGACAUUCAUAUUUCCAAUCAUACCAGUUCUGGAGCAUCCCAUGACAACAAGUGCAAGUAAUGGCCAUGUGCUUCUCAAUAUGCUCUUGAUGCUUCUCUAGAAAAGAAAUAACAUGAAUUGAAUCAUUAUGAAGUCAACUUCUCUGGAAUUAGCAAUCUGCCUUUAUUGUCUUUCUUUAAUUCCCUUUCCAUUCCUAAACUGAUACUGAUUAAAUGCAAGUGAAAAUCCAACACAAAAUAUAUUAGCUAUGUGUACAAGUAAAACUGAUAUUGUUCUGAAUUAUUGGACACUGUUUGUGUCAUAUUGUUCCUGAAAAAAAUAGAACUCAUCUACAGCUUGUAUAUCAAUACAAUAUUUACAAUGACUAUAUGCAGCUUUAUCGAAGGAUGGUGUUGAGUGGUUUGCCUAGCAAAUAUUAAAGGAAAGAACAUUUUAAUUUCCAAGUUCUGAAAGCAUUUUUGUAACUGUUUCAUCAAAUUAUAAUGAUAAGACAAUGUGGAUCUGCUGCAUAUUUUUUUGUAAACUAGUAUUUUACUGAUAUUGUAAAGCGCUGCGGAUUAGGUGGGCGCUAUAUAAAUGCCAAAAAGAAUAAUGAAUUAAUAAUGAUAUAUUUAUUGUUUGGAUUUAAGUUUUGUGGGAACUUUUGGACUGUAUUGUAAU